UGUCACUUAUUUUUUGCAGUUAAUAUCUUGUUUAUGUAUAGGUAUUGUUUAUGAUGAAAAAUUAAUGCAAAUCAUGUGUAAAAUGUGUACUAAUUAAAACAGUAUAUUUGAUUAUUACCAUAAAAGGGUUUAAAGGAUUUCUUUCAAACAUAAUUCAAAAUGGUUUGUGAAAAGUGUGAAAAAAAAUUAGGAAAAGUCAUAACCCCAGAUCCAUGGAAAAGCGGUGCAAGGAAUACAGUAGAAAGUGGGGGACGUAAAGUUGGCGAGAAUAAAGCUCUAUCUGCAGGGAAAGCAAGAUUUAAUCCUUAUACUGCUACCUUCGAAACUUGUAGAAUCUGUAGACAAAAAGUACAUCAAGUUGGAUCACAUUAUUGUCAAUCAUGUGCAUAUAAAAAAGCUAUAUGUGCAAUGUGUGGUAAAAAACUAAUGAGUACAAAAAACUACAAACAGUCUGCUACAUAA